UCCAGAGCUCCGCUGGCGUUCGCUGCGAGAACUGGCGGAAGACCCACCGGAUGAAUGGCCUUCCUCCCGGGAUGGGGGCCCCGGGUCCCCGCGGGGCUCCGAAUCUCGCGGCCUCGCCCCACAGCGUGCGGCGCGCCCGGCCGUUUGUGCGCGAGGCGGGGCGCGGGGCUCCCCUGGCCCUGGGCGCGCCGGAACCCUCGGCGGCGGGGGCGAGGAGCAGCCGGGACGGCGCCCGCGAGCAUCGCGAGGCCGGAGAGAAUGUGCACUGUGACUCCUGGGUCCGAGAGAAAGUGCUCUUUCUUCUGCACCCGGAGAGGUGGUUGGGGACUCAGGGGGACUCCGCACGGGAAGAAGUGGCCGAUGAGGAGGACCUUUUCAAAGCGGGCGGACAGGGCCGGGAACCCGACUGCCCUUCGCCUCUCUUUCCACGGGAAAAGCGAAUUUCUGGCAGCCGUGCAGACGCUCCCUCCCGAGCUCCGGGGGACCCACCCAAACCCCUCCUCGUGCGGAUCGUGGAUUAUGAGGUGACACAAGAAGUCCUGCAGGUCGCGUGGGCGAAGGGCUGCAUGACCACGCUGACCGAGGAGCGCUCCAUGACCGCGGUCACUUUCCCCGCCAACACGGAGUGAAACCGGUUGCGGGGCGCCGGGACCCCUGGAGAACCCCGAGCUCUCGGCACAGAGAGAGAGAGAGACCCCCGUGUCCACGCCGCGGACGGACAGUUUCACGGUCCCUCAGGACCUGACUCCCCGAGGAGAUUCAGUGGGGAAGAGGAGCCCGAGGAACGUUCAAGAGUUGGUGAAGGAGCGCUCAUCCUUAAGAAAAGAAAGUGCUCUUCCGGAAACUCCAGCCUGAAAUUAACCGACAGCAAGAACCUUUUAAGAGGCUUCAGGGAGGCACACGGCACCCAGUGCAGACUGAAGAACUGUAAACAACACGAUACCUCCUUUAUACCGUGGCUUAAAUACUCUGACGGUCUGGGAACCUUAGAAGAGGGGAGGAAAGGUAUUUUCAAAUUGGCAGAACGUGGGGAUUUUGAAAUAAGAAAAUCUGUAUUUAAUUUUUAUUUUGAGAUAACUCUCGGUCACUUUUUUGCCUCCCUGCCCUCCCCUUCUCUUUAAGACCUGAAAGCAGAAGUGACGUUUGAAGUCUGCUCUCUGCAAAAGGGUGGGGGUGGGAAUAUAUGUGGAGAGAGGCUUGUUUUGAAACUGAAAAAGAAAGUAAAAAAUGGGAAAAUAAAAUGUAAAACAAAACAGCCAGUAAACAAAAUCUUUUUUUGUUA